GCUGUGCCAGUUCAGCAGUGUUCACUGAUAUCUCACAGAGUUAAAGUCGAUCCCGAGAGUGUUUUCCUAACUAGAAGUUAAACAAAGGAUUUUUCUAGAAAGCUGUAUUAUCUCAAUUUUCAAUUAGUCAGUAGCAAUUUGGAAUAUAUUCACAAUGAGUAGGUGAGUUGAGUACAGAAUCAAGAAUCUUGUAAGAAAUCAAGACAAAAAACAUAAUUUAUAAUUUUUUUAUUCUUGAAGAAACGGUAUUUAUCGAUGUUUGUUAAAAGUUCAUCAAAUGGACUUUAUUUCAGUAAUAAACAACACGCAAAAGAAACUAGUUUCUUUCUAUAAAAAUAUCUGAGAAAUAAUUUUGGUUCUGAUAUAAGGUACUAUAAAUUGAAAGUAUGUUUAUGUAUUUAAAAUUUUCGCAAUUGGAGAGGUGAAAAUUUGGUCUUUGGUGUCUGUGAGACCACAUACUGAAAUUAAGGGUUUAAAAUCGUGUAGGGUGAAAGGAACCUCUAUUGACACCCUACUCUGUACCACUUGGGAUAUGAAAUUUGAACAUCUCUGUUUAUAGUAAAAGGUAUAUUACAGAAAAAACGUUAUAUUACUUAUAUUUUACUAGAUACUUUAAAUAAUUUUCAACAUUUUGACAAAAGUGUCAAUAGGGGUACCUUAUCGAACAGACGUUCCUACGACCCUAUUCAGAGUUCAAAUACCAAUUCAAUAAAAAAGUAUCAAGUAUCAGCCAUCGGUACAUCUCUUGGAUUCUAACAUAUUUAAUAUUGAACAAUAAAACUAUUUUGAUAACAGGGAAAUUUCGAAAAUGUUUGUCAAAUCCCUAGUGAACAAAAUCUUGUUAACUAUAGAUUUCUCAAAAUUUUCUAGAAACUUCAUAUAAAAAAAAUCAAUUUAACAAACUUUUGAUCAAAAUUGUUUCUAAUAUUCAAAAGGGGUGAAAGGUUUUGAAACAGUUUAUUAAAUACGGUUUAUUAUAUGUGAAAAAUUCUAAAAGUUUUCUUAAAGUUAGCGAUUUGAAAAACUUUCUUAGAAUAUUUAUUUUAAAUGAACUCAGUUUGACAAAUAUAGAGCAAAAAGUUUGUAAUGAUGUUUGUCAAUGGUUUGUCAAAUGCAGUUUGUAUUUUACGAAAAUUCUUUAAAGAACGUCAAAUCCGUGGCAAUCGCGAUUUGAAAAAUCUAUUUGGAUUAUUUAUUAAUUAAUUUAGUGUGACAAAUUUGGUAAAAAGUUUGUAAGUAUAUUUGUGAAAAGUUUGUUAAAUGCAGUUUAUUUCAUACGACAAUACUUUAAAAAUCGUAAAAAAAUCUGUAGCAAACGUGAUUAUUUUUUUGAACUUGCACAUAAAAAAAAUUAUUUAACAAACUUCUGACAAGAGGUUUGUAAUGAUGUUUGUCAAUGGUUUGUCAAAUACAGUUUAUAUUUUACGAAAAUUCUUUAAAAAUCGUCCAAUCCGUGGCAAUCGCGAUUUGAAAAAUCUAUUUAGAUUAUUUAUUAAGGAAUUUAGUUUGACAAAUUUGGUAAAAAGUUUUUAACUAUAUUUGUGAAAAAAGUUUGUUAAAUGCAGUUUAUUUCAUACGACAAUACUUUAAAAAUCUUAAAAAAUCUGUAGCAAACGCGAUUAGAUUUUUUUUAAACUUGCACAUAAAAAAAUUAUUUAACAAACUUCUGACAAAAAGUUUGUAUAAUGAUGUUUGUCAAAUGCAGUUUGUAUCAUACGAAAAACCUUUAAAGUUUUCUCAAAUCUGUAACAAACGUAAUUACAAAAAUCUUUUAUACUUUUCAUAUUAAAAGAAUAAUUUGACAAAUUUCUGACAAGAGAUUUGAAACGAUGCAUUUGUCAGUAGUUUGUCAAAUGGAAUUUAUAUCAUAUGAAAAAUGUUUGAAAUAUUCUCAAAUCUAUAGUAAAUUCGAUUAGAAUAAUCUUUUUGGAAAACUUUAUUAGAAAAACUUCUAACAAAAAGUUUAUAGUGAUGUUUGUCAACAGUUUGUCAAAUGCAGUUUAUUUUAUUUGAAAAAAGGCUUUUAAGUUUUCCCAAAUUUGUAGCAAAAUUUCGGAUUUUUCUCUUUGAAGGAACGUAAUUUUAAAAACUUCUGGCAAAAGGUUUCUAACGAUGUUUGUCAAAAGUUUGUCAACUGCAGUUUGUUUCACAUAAUAAAUCCAAAAAAUUGUAUACUCUAUUUGUUUUUGUUUGUCAACAGUUUGUUGAAUUCCAAUCUAUUCCAUGUUUCCAAAAAUUUGUAAUUUUUUCACCAACAAGUUUAAACAAACAUUUUGUCAAAAAUUUCUUAGAAAGUUCAUGUGGUAAAUUUUUGACAAAUGUCGCUAAAAACUUUACUUCAGAGUAAUAAUGUUGUUUUCACGUCAAGCGCGUCAAGAUCAAUUGAAGUUAUAUACAGCGAAUCAUCAUAUUGUCGUACGAUGAUUAGUGCAUAAAAGUGACUUAGCAACAAAACGCAUACAACAACUCUUGUUUGUCGUCCUUCACUUUGUGUCGAGCCCCCUCAAUUGAAAGUGCACUAAUAUCAAGUGUAUCAUCUCAAUCGCCAUGGCAAUUGACUAGGAGAGAAAAAUUACAACAACAAAAAAUUAAUUUGACACAUUUUCAAGUUAGAAUCAACUUGUUGAUUAAUCUGUGAAAUUGGAGAAAUGCUAUAAGCAAGCGGAAAGAGAUAACUCGAUAACAAAAAUGCUUAUUAUUAACGAAUUUAUUUACUGUAAAUACAAUUCUGAGUGAAUGGUGUCUUUUUAAAUUCUGGGUUAACAGAUACGGAAUUUUUGAAGAGAGGGAAAAUCUUCAAUAACAAUUACUAUAAUUUGAAUUUUGUUUAUUCUAAUUUUCUGAUGAAACUCUCUUGAUUUUAUCAAUCUUUGACGCAAAUUAUCAUCUUACUACCUAAAUGAUACCCUAUUUUUAUUCAUGAAAACAAACUAUUUAUUAUUAGAAUUAUUUUGAAUGAGUUAGUGUAUUCUAAUACAUUAAAUGACUCCUAAUAAGACAAGUUUCGUAGUGAAGGCUAAUUGUAUACAACGGGGAAUUAUGUACAGAUAUUUAAAUUUUAUAAAAUUAUUAAUGCAAAUUCUGCUUUCUCUCUUAAAAAUCCUUGGAGCUAUUUCUUUAUAAUUAAUUUAUUCUUUAUAGUAAAUAUUGAGCCAAAGAUAGUAAGGGACUUAGUUAACCAAUUAAUAUUAGAAUUACUUUCUUAUUUUUUAAUGCCUUUUGUAUUAAAUUAAUUUUCUAUCCAAUUGAAUUUUCUUCAAAUUCGCUUACUUUCAAUUUGAUGCAUUUACGUCAAUGGAACUUGAGACUCUUUCCUUCCAUAUUUACGCUUUAAAAAAAAAAUGCUGAGAGCGAUUUUCCGGGCAAUGCACUCUUUCUAUUUUAGAUGUUUUUAAUGAAAUUAUAUCUUCACUGCACUGAGAAAAAAAAUGGGGUGCGAUUAACUUUUUUUCCUCGUAACUUUAACACUUCUUAAGUGUAAAAAUAUAUCAACAUUUCUUAAUGUUAAUUUUACACUUUUUUAAGUGUAAAAUUAACAUAAAAAAGGGUAACUUUAACCCAUAAUACAUCUAAAAAGGCUAAUAUUUACACCGUUUUCGGAUCAAUACUGCAGGGUAAAAUUAACAUUUCCGGAAUGUUAUUUUAACUUUUUCGGAUUUUUCUCAGUGUGAGUGAGAGAAAUCCGAAAAAGUUAAAAUAACAUUCCGGAAAUGUUUAUUUUACCCUGAAUUAUUGAUCUGAAAUCGGUGUAAAUAUUAUGUUUUUAGAUGUAUUAGGGGUUAAAGUUGCCCUUUUUCAUGUUAAUUUUACCCUUAAAAAGGUGUAAAGUUAACAUUAAAAAAUGUUGAUGUAUUUCUGUAUGUUUUCACCUAAAAACUGUUAAAGUUAUGAGAAAAAAGUUAAUCGUACCAUUCGUUUUUCUCAGUGUUGUGAUUGUGGUUUGGAACCGACUAAAUUUCUCUAGAGACAUCUGCAUUAAAUUACAAAAUUAUAAUUUUAAACCAUUCCUUUUUGUUUAAUUUUUUUUCAAUUUAUUUAUUUAUUUAUUUUCGAAUAUUGCUUUUAAUUUAUGAAUGGAAUAACAAAGACAAAAUAAAGAAGUAUAAGUACUCUCUGAAACCUGUUGAAGAUAACUUAAAAAUGUUGUUUUUGUUUUCAAAAGUAUUUAUUGUUGUCAAUAACAUUACAAGAGAUUCGAGAGGUUCACUAUCAGUAAUUUAUUUUUGAAUUUAUCUAAGUAAUAUGGAUAUUUCAUCAGGCGGAUACACUUGAAUGGAAUAAAUAUGAUAAAUAAAUUAGUUGGAUUAAAGUUUAUUGUGUUUAAUUGUUAAGCACUUCGUGGUUUUCAUAUUUGAAAAAACAAAUAAAUUGAAAAAUAUAGCUUUACAGCUCAAUCCAUUCAGUCAAUGCGUUAACAACACUCAAAAUAGAAUGCUCAUAUUUUGGAAUUAAAUUCUUUAAAGAUAAAGAGACAAUUUAUUGUAAAAAGAAAAAAUGUAUUAAGAGGCCGCGGGGAAUAUAAAAUUUUUACAUUAAUUCACAACAAACACUAUUUAUUUUUAUAGUGUCACUAUCUAAGAAAAGAAUUUGUUACUCUCAGUUCAAAUUGGGAAAUUGAAUGAAGAAAAAUAUAAUCAAAAUCGAAGCGAUAUCAAAAUUUUCGCGCACAACUUCAUUUAAAAACUUUGCAUGACUUUCAAUAAAGCGGGAAAAGUGCAACAAAAUGUAUUUCUACCUCUUUCAGGAUAAAGAAAUAAAUUAUCAAAAAUCGUAUAUGAAAAUCGUAUAUAAAAUAUUGCUAUAGCAGCGCUACUUGCAAACUUUUCAUAUAAAAAGAAGUUUUUGAGACUGAAAACGGCAUUUUAAAACAAUCAGCGCGAUUAACAGCCAAAUAAUUCGUUGAUAAUGGGCACAAUUGUAGAGCGUAUGGCUCAUUCGACAAUUUUUAACCCAGUCGACGGCCAAACCCAUCAAUCCCAAUCCUUCAAUCCCUAUAGCGGCCUUCAGACUAGAGGUUUAGCCCAGUUCCCAUAGGUCUUGAAAUCCUAAAUAGCGUGCAAUUUAAUUGCUUUUUGAGAGCCUAAUAGGUUAUUUAUCGUUAAUAAUCCAAUCAUAAGUUAAAUUUUCCUAAAAAAUCAUGAUUGACAAGAAAUUAGAACAGUUAAGCCUUUUGGCAAAGCCUUAGGUCUGAAUCCCGUAUAUGACACACCCGACUCAUCGUCCCUAGGCGGAUGCUGAAGGUUGCUAGUAGGCCAUUUGUUCGGUUCAAUCGUCUCUGCACUUCAGUAAGUGAGCAGUGAGCAUUAGUCGCCGGGGACAGUUCACUCCGAGAAAGUUGAAAGAUGACUGGCACCUUCUGCUCCUCAUUUUACUUUAGAAGUUAUAAUAUUUAAGUAGGCCCCUUCAAGGCUUACACCAUAAAAAAUUUAAAGAGGAAAGUUAAAGAAUUUACAUGGUUAUAAAAACUUAUAGGGUAACGUGUGGUAUUUCGGGACACUUUUUAGCACUUUCAAGUUUCAAACAGUUUAACGACUUCUCAAAUAAUUUUUUUUCUUUGUUGAAUACAAAUAUUUAUGUUUCUUAUUCUAUCCAUAAUAAGAUUCUUAUCGAAAAAUUUUGAAAAAUGCAUUAUUUUUUAUAUGAAAUAGCAAAAAAUGUAAAGAAGUAAUAAUGAUAUAUUUCGGGACAGUAGGGUAUUUCGGGACAGACAAAAAUGGCUAUUAUGCAAAUAAAUUUCACUGAGCCUAAUUAUUUACCUUCGAGUAGAAGGUCCAAACUUCAAUCUUUUAGUAUAAAAAAAAAUUUUAAUUUCACUUGUAAAAUGGCAAAAUUGACGCACUACAGAUUUCACAAAAUGUGGAAUGUGAUACUCACAAUUCACGCAUAUUUCACACUUUAAAUUGAAUAAAACUUCAGAAAUUUUAUGUUUAUCUCAUACGUAAAGAGCUUAAUAUUUCAUAUAGAAUUUAAAAAUAAUAAGAAAACAAAUAUUUAUAUGAUUUUUGUGUGUCCAAAAAUACCCAUAUUAUGUCCCGAAAAGCAUCUUGUCCAGAAAUACCACACGUUAACCUACGGACUAAAAUAAUCAAAAUAACUCGUUCUAAGAGUCAAAAUAACUUUUUUUUCAAAUUUCCAAGUUUUUUUUGCUAUUUUAUGUUUAUUUUUUUCGUGUCCUUUUAUUUUAAUAACCUUUUUCUUUCUCUCGAGGUUCCCAUGUUACGAGGUACUCGCAUGAGACACUGUUGGGCAUUUUUUCUAUUUUAUAUUUCCUUUGUCAAAGUACAAUCAUCUUGACUGAAGUAUAUUCUUAAAUCGAAAUCACUUAAAGCGUAUACUUCAGUCGAGAUGAAGUUUAACAUCGUAAAAAACUAUUAAGUACGUCAAUAUCCGUUGAAUUAAUUCAACACGCAUAUAAAGUUGUUUCAACUUUAACUUCCUAAAUUUUUCUACGAAAAAGAGUAACGAUUACAUUGAUAUCCUUCGAGUUAAUUCCUUGUUUUCACUCUACAGAUUUUUUCUUACUAUAAUAUUUUAACGUUGAACCAUAUCUAAGUUUAAGUAAAACUAAAAGUUUUUUUUUUUUUUUUUUUUUUUUUUUUUGAUUGUUUUUAUUACUAGCAAUCUGUAUAUCAUAUACAAUUAGCUCCUUGUUUGAAAAAAAAAUAAAUAAAUACAAGACAUGUGACUGUUUCACUAAGAAAACAGCCUUUCAAAAAAUAAUAGUGACAGAUUGAACUUUAAAUAAACAGAUCAGAAGGCCUGAUCCUUUUCAGUCUUCGCUCCUCGCCAUUAUCCACAGCCAAACCACCAGCUAAGUCAUUUGGAUGAGUUAGAAGCCUCUCGCGAUAUUUUUUACAUAGGGCAUCUAUUUCUUCUUCUACUGUAGGAGUAUUUGUGUCAUCGUGAACCACGAAAGAAGGAACGUACCAAGGAGCUCCAAGGAUCUGGCGCAACACCUUGUUCUGGAACCUCUGUAAAAUACAGAUAUGACUUUUGGCUGCGGUUCCCCAUAACUGGAUACCAUAGGUCCAAAUUGGUUUCAAAACUGCUUUAUAGAUUAAAAGUCAGCCUCCUGUCAAGAUGGAUGCCUAAAUAUUUUGCCUCAUUGCUUUGCGGGACCUCUACAUUGUUUAAAGUGAUAGCAGGACAGUCACCUCUUCUCAGAGAAAACAUAACAUGUGUGGACUUAGUCUCAUUGGCUUUUAUACGCCAUACACGCAACCACUUCUCAAUUUCAUGUACGGAUUUUUGAAGAGUCUCUGUUGCCAAUUCUGGACUAGAACCCGUCGAUAGAACAGCGGUGUCAUCCGCAAAAGUUGCAACCAAAGAGGUGUCAGGAAGAUCUGCCGUAAAUAGCAAGUACAAAAGAGGCCCCAAGACACUGCCCUGAGGCACCCCAGAGUUGAUGGGAGACAACUCACCAUGAAAAUCACCCUGCUUGACAUAAAAACUCCUGUUCGAAAUGAAGGAUAUCAAGAUAGCACAGUAGCCAGGUGGAAGAUUUGCUUGCAGCUUGAGAGUUAGUCCAACAUGCCAGACCUUAUCAAAGGCCUGGCUCACAUCAAUGAACAAUGCAGAACAGUAACUUUUGUUCUCAAAAGUAUUCUGUAAAAACUAAAAGUGAAAUAUAUUACAAACUCCAACUCUUAUCGAUCACAAUUUAGAUUAAUCUCAACAUUGCUCUAAUUAAUAUUCCGAAAUUUAGAGCAAUAUUAAAUGAAAUUUAUGAAUUAAAUGAUCUUAUAUUUAUGCCGAUCUGUCUGAGUAUGGCAAAAACAUAUUUAUUUACCAAUAUAAUUGAUAAAGAGUCUUAUUUUCCAGACUCGUGAACUCCCUCGUGAAUCUGAUAGCGAUUUCAUCAUCCGAGAACCCGUCAAUUCGUCCAAGGAACGUCAAUUCCAAUGCAGAUAUUGCGUCAACAUCUCAUGAAACUCGGACCCUAAGCACAAUGACAAACAGCUUUGCCAGUGACAAAGAGAAAAAGGUCACUGAAGCUGCUGCCAUCAUCCAGAGGAGCAACAUUGUCUGCUUCGAUGUGGACUCCACGGUGAUCCGUGAGGAAGGAAUUGACGAACUGGCGGCUUUCUGUGGCAAACGCAAUGAAGUGUCAAGACUCACACGUGAAGCCAUGCAGGGUUCAAUGACAUUCCAGGAUGCUCUGCGGAAGCGCCUGGAGAUCAUCAAUCCCAGUCAAGCGGAAAUCUGGGAGUUUAUCCGAACUCAUCCGAGCACACUGUCCAGUGGGCUCAAGGAAUUCAUUGGGUAUUUGAGGGAGCGCAAUGUUGAAGUAUUUUUGGUAUCUGGAGGCUUUGAUUGCCUCAUUGAGCCAGUAGCUGAUCAACUUGGUAUUCCAAGUGAAAAUAUUUAUGCCAAUAAGCUAUUCUUCACAUUCAAAGGAGAAUAUGCUGGUUUCGAUACCAAUCAGCCAACAUCGAGAUCCGGGGGAAAAGCCGAAGCUAUUGCCAAGAUUAAGGCCAGGGCUGCAGAGAAUGAUAUUAUCACGAUGAUUGGAGACGGCGCAACGGAUCUGGAAGCUUCACCACCAGCUAAUUAUUUCAUUGGCUAUGGCGGAAAUAUCGUGAGGGAAGAAGUGAGAAACAGAUCAACGUACUAUAUCACAAAUUUCUCACAAUUAAUCAACCACCAUUGAUUGUGACUUCUGCCAUUUAUUCUUUUUUUUUAUUUAUCUAGAUGAUAAAUUGGAAUACAAAAUAGGUAACAGGAUGAUUUAUGAAAAAACUACGUUAUUUAUAAAAUAUAUUCAGACAAAAUACAAGAUUUCUUCUCUUUAACAUUAAACAACAAAAA